UCCCUACGUCGUGGAUCUCUCUCUCUCUCUCAAUCAUUUCCGACGAGGAACGCCAUUUCGAAUUGGAGGCAGCAUUUGGGAAGCCGUUCCAAGACGGACCUUAUCCAAAAUCAUCCCAGCAGCCAGCAGCUGCCCCGAAUAAGUUCGUAGAGAUACAAUGGCUAUGAUCGACGAGCCGCUGUAUCCAAUUGCUGUUCUGAUAGAUGAGCUGAAAAAUGAAGACAUUCAGCUGCGGUUGAACUCCAUCCGUAGGCUCUCCACAAUUGCUCGCGCGCUUGGCGAAGAGAGAACGCGAAAGGAAUUGAUUCCUUUUCUCAGUGAGAACAAUGAUGAUGAUGACGAAGUACUUCUCGCCAUGGCAGAGGAGCUGGGGGUAUUUGUUCCAUAUGUAGGGGGAGUUGAAUAUGCAAAUAUCUUGCUCCCUCCACUGGAGACUCUUUGCACAGUUGAGGAAACUUGUGUGAGGGACAAAGCUGUGGAGUCAUUGUGUCGAAUUGGAGCUCAGAUGAAGGAGAGUGAUUUGGUUGAAUGGUUUAUUCCUCUGGUAAAGAGACUGGCAGCUGGUGAAUGGUUUACAGCUCGAGUUUCCUCUUGUGGAUUGUUUCAUAUUGCCUAUCCAAGUGCCCCAGAGAUGUUGAAAACAGAACUACGAUCAAUAUACAGUCAAUUGUGUCAAGAUGAUAUGCCAAUGGUGAGAAGAUCUGCUGCAUCGAACCUGGGAAAGUUUGCUGCUACAGUUGAGCCUACCCAUCUGAAGACAGAUAUCAUGUCAAUAUUUGAGGAUCUUACACAGGAUGAUCAAGAUUCUGUUCGGCUAUUGGCUGUUGAGGGUUGUGCAGCACUUGGGAAGUUAUUGGAACCUCAGGACUGUGUAGCUCAUAUCCUCCCUGUCAUUGUUAAUUUCUCUCAGGAUAAAUCUUGGCGUGUUCGAUACAUGGUUGCAAAUCAGUUAUAUGAGCUUUGUGAAGCUGUGGGGCCUGAACCUACCAGGACGGACUUGGUACCUGCAUAUGUUCGGUUACUUCGAGAUAAUGAAGCUGAAGUACGUAUAGCAGCUGCAGGAAAGGUUACUAAAUUUUGCCGUAUCUUGAAUCCACAACUUGCAAUUCAACAUAUUUUACCCUGUGUCAAGGAAUUAUCAUCUGAUUCUUCCCAGCAUGUACGGUCUGCUUUAGCUUCAGUCAUAAUGGGAAUGGCACCAAUCUUGGGAAAGGAUGCAACAAUUGAGCAACUUCUUCCAAUUUUUCUUUCCCUUCUAAAAGAUGAGUUCCCUGAUGUACGGCUCAAUAUUAUUAGCAAGCUUGAUCAAGUGAAUCAGGUGAUUGGAAUUGAUUUGCUGUCCCAAUCUUUGCUCCCAGCCAUUGUUGAGCUUGCCGAAGAUAGACAUUGGAGGGUUCGGCUUGCAAUAAUAGAGUACAUACCACUAUUGGCAAGUCAGUUGGGUGUAGGAUUUUUUGAUGAUAAGCUUGGUGCUCUUUGCAUGCAAUGGCUAGAAGACAAGGUUUACUCAAUACGUGAUGCAGCAGCAAAUAAUUUGAAGCGUCUUGCAGAAGAAUUUGGUCCAGAUUGGACAAUGCAACAUAUAAUUCCACAGGUUCUUGAGAUGGCCAACAACCCACACUAUUUGUAUCGGAUGACCAUUCUUAAUGCAAUUUCUCUACUUGCACCCGUUAUGGGCUCAGAUAUCACUUGUUCAAAACUGUUACAAGUGGUAACCAAUGCAUCAAAGGACAGGGUACCAAACAUCAAAUUCAAUGUAGCAAAGGUGUUGCAGUCACUCAUUCCUAUAGUUGACCAGUCUGUGGUGGAGCAGACAAUCCGGCCUUGCUUGGUGGAGCUAAGCGAGGACCCAGAUGUGGAUGUUAGGUUUUUUGCCCGCCAAGCACUUCAGACAAGUGAACAAGUAAUGAUGUCUAGCUAGACAUGCUUGUUGUUCAGGAAUAUUUUCCCUCUGAUUUAUUAGUUCAAGCUGCAUCCACAUUGUCUUGAAGAAACGUGUGACUGAGCUGCUAGAAGUUCGCCACAACGGACCUCUUUUUUUUCCUACUUUUAUUACUUGGAGUGCUUCCAUGUUUUUGUAUCUAUAUAACUAACAUGUAUGAGUUUUUAGUUAGAUUUCAUUCAGUUCUAGUGCCAUGUCAAAAUUUUCCAUUUAUGCCUCGAUAGAACUUUUACCCCAGGUUGUACUACCAACGAGAGAAAGACAGUGUUAAUAUUGACAUCUGAGAUACUGGUUCAGGUUGAAUUUUUGAGAAACUGCCGAGCUUCCAUCAGUGAGGACGUAUUGUUUGGAUAACAACAGAUUCCAGAGGCAGGAGAACCACUGGAAGUACAAAUUCAGGAAAACCGUAACGGGUGAUCAUGCAAUUAUAUGAAGGGCAAGAUACCACUGUGGUAGGGAAAAAUGUGAUUUGUGACCUACGAUGCUCACUUUGUGACCACUUGGGCGAUUUUAACUCUCUUUCUCUCUCUCUCUCUAUUUUCCUGUUCUUCCAUUUUUCAUUGUUUUUAGUCUUCCUAGUUCAGAAGAAGAUAAUUUCUAUAAUGGGUGGGAUGGUUACAUACUUGCAUUGUAAAGAUUGGUAUGGGCUCUGGUCUAAACCUUAGAUUGUGGAACACGUUAAGUGGGUUCUCUUCUGCUU